CGGCGCGAUGACGACGAUGCGCCCGUUCACGUGCGACGACCUCUUCGCGUACAACGACGUCAACACGGACGCGCUCACGGAGACGUUCAACCUGAACUUCUACCUGAGCUACCUCGCGCGAUGGCCGGAAUACUUCACGACCGCGGAGGGGCCCGGGGGCAGCGCGCCGACGGGCUACGUCAUGGGCAAGGCGGAGGGAAGAGGCGAGCGGUGGCACGGGCACGUCACCGCGGUGACCGUCGCGCCGAGCUAUCGCCGGAUGGGCCUCGCGAAGAAGCUCAUGCGCGAGCUCGAGGACGUCAGCGAGAAGGUGCACGACGGCUACUUCGUCGACCUGUUCGUGCGGCGAUCGAACGUCAACGCGAUCGCGAUGUACGAGGGCAUGGGAUACGUCGUGUAUCGCCGCGUGUUGAAUUACUACAUGGGCGAGGAGGACGCGCUGGACAUGCGGAAAGCGCUGCCGAGGGACGUGGAGAAGAAGAGCGGCGUGCCGCUGAAGCGCCCGAUACAACCCCACGAGCUCGAGCAAGACUUCACGUGA